GCUAAAUGGUUUCCGCUGUCCCAAACCAGUCAGCGAAGCAAAAGAUUUAAUUUAAGAAAAAAGCGGGAAGAAGUUGAUACCAGUACUGCAUCUGACACUGACCAACCUGCAAAUGCCGUCACCAUGGAGGAGGACUGGCAAUAUCUGAUGAACGACGAUGAUCUAUUGGCUGAUUCUAAUUCACUAUCUACUUCUCCCCAGCUAGUGCAACCCGCUAUGCAAGAAAGUACUAGCUCGUCUACGUUUGGGCGCUUUAAAAGAAACCCCAGUCAGCAGAAAUUGAAAAAAGAUAAUUCAAUGUCUUCUCUUCACAGUUUAACACCUUCCACAUCCAAUACUACCCGUCGAAAGAAAUUGAAAAACAAAUUUACUCGUCGUCGACGCAAUCGUAAAUCUGAAGGCUAUGCCAAAUUCUAUUCUGACAUUAUGGGUAUUACCUUUUUAGAAAUCGAAAGUGCCAAAGAUUUACCACCCGAGAGAAACAUGACUCGAACCGGAUUUGAUAUGGAUCCUUUUGUGAUUGUGACUUACGGUACCUCCACUUUCCGUACAAGAGCUAUUCGCCAUAACUUGAACCCUACCUGGAAUGAAAAGCUCUUUUUCCAUGUUCGAAACAGCCAAGAAAAUUACAAGAUUAAAUUUGCCGUUUAUGACAAGGAUAAAUUUUCCAAUAAUGAUUUUGUAGCCUCACAAGAAAUCACCAUCUCUGAUAUAAUUCAAAAAAUGCCAUCACCCUCCUCGUCCCCUCUCCUUUCGGGUGAAACUCCUUCGGAAGAAAUCGACCGUUGCAUGGGCAGACAUACCAUUCCAUUAAAGCUAGCAAACGCAGAUAAAUGGCAAGGCAGUAAUCCCACCUUGACAAUUCGUGCCAAAUUCGUUCCCUAUGUUGAGAUUCGAAAAAUGUUUUGGAUUGCCCUAGCAAAAACCUGCGAUGGUGAUAGUUCAAAUACGAUGAGUCGACUGGAAAUCCAAACUAUGCUGGAGACUCUCGGAUCAAAUAUAUCCGCCGGCACUUUAGAUCAUUUUUGGGUGGAACAUAAUAAAGAUCCUUCAGAAGACUUGACUAUGGAUGAACUCGUGCAGAGCUUAGAAGCUUGCCUACAAAUGGCGGAUGAGAAUCAGAUGCUCCGAAAAGGCGCUGACUAUACUAUUAUUGAAGAAGGGAAAGAUUUGCCUGUUGAUAUCAAAAAUAAUGCCACUGUCGACCCAUUUUUCAUGGCUUCUGAUGACGAAGAUGAGUAUGAUGAAGAAGAGGAGGAUGAAGAAGAGUCUGACGAUGAAGAUGAUGAAGACGAAGAGGAUGAUUGCUUCACCAGCCUGGGUGAAUAUGACGAUGAAGAUGAUGAUCUGAUGCAUUCCAAUUCUACAACAACCACUCCACAUUCACCAGAUGAAGCCGAUUACGAGGUCCUGGCCGAAGCUGACGGUGUUCAAUACAUUAAUAGCCCCUUAAAAAAUCUGGAACUUAAGGAUGACGAAGAUGCGAAACACCACUCAACAAAUCAUUCACACGAAAAAGUCAUUCGACUGACUGAAUGUCCUAUUUGUCAUAAGCCAAAUCUUGCCAAACGAGGUCAAAUGGAUAUUGUCACACAUGUUGCUACAUGUGCCGCAAAUGAUUGGACUACUGUCGACAGAUUUUUAAUGGGUAAUUUCGGUACCGAAGCGCAAGCACAAAGAAAAUGGUUUGUCAAAUUGGUAAACAAGGUUGGAUAUGGUAGAUACUCGGCUGGAAAGAAUAAUGCCAAUAUUAUUGUCCAAGAUCGUCAAACAGGACAGUUGAUAGAUGAACGUAUGAGUGUGUAUAUUCGAUUAGGUAUGCGCCUCGUCUAUAAGGGUAUGCGCUCUGGUAUUCAAUACAAGACAGCCCAAAAGAUUCUUGCCAAUAUGUCACGUAAGCAGGGUCGUCGCUUUGAUAACCCUUUAUCUGUCAAAGAAAUCCCUGCCUUUAUCAAAUUCCAUCAAUUGGACAUGACUGAAGUGUUAGAACCCACCGAGAAUUUUAAUACAUUUAACGAAUUCUUCUACAGAAAGUUAAAACCUGGAGCUCGUCCUUGUGAUUCACCCGAUAAUAAAAAUGUUGUGGUUAGUCCAGCGGAUUGUCGUAUGAUGGCGUUCCCUACCAUCGACAUCGCCACCAAGAUCUGGAUUAAAGGUACAGAAUUUAGUAUACCCAAGUUGUUGGAUGAUCCCGAGGAAGCUGCUGCAUAUGAUGGUGGUGCAUUGGCUAUUUUCAGAUUAGCCCCUCAAGAUUACCAUCGUUACCAUUCUCCUGUUGAUGGCAUCAUCCGAAAAAUCCACAGUGUAGAAGGCCAAUAUUAUACCGUCAACCCCAUGGCCAUUCGAACUACGCUGGAUGUCUACGGUGAUAAUAAGCGUGAUAUUGUCCAUAUGGAUACCGAAGUAUUUGGUAAAGUGGCUAUUGUCUGUAUUGGUGCCAUGAUGGUGGGAUCGAUUAUAUUGACAGCAAAUGUCAAUGAUCGAUUGGCUAGAACCGAUGAAUUAGGCUACUUUGCUUUCGGUGGUAGUACACUAGUGGUGCUAUUUGAAAAGAAUGCUGUCCGCUUCGACGAUGAUUUGAUCCAAAAUGGAACAGAUUCGCUUGAAACUUUGGUUCGUGUUGGUAACCAUAUCGGUAUUCAUCCAUAAACGCUCACACGCAUAUGCAUACACAUAUGCCCCUUAAACUAUCUUGACACUGUACUAGUAAAUUAAUCAAUAAGACUUAAUCUUUAUUUCUCACUUUCUCCCAUUAUACAUUGUAAAAAAAACAAACAAAAAAAGCAAACUAAUAAAAUAUAUUAAAAAUGUCUUUAUAAAAAAU